UGUAAAUGUAUGUUGUAGAAGUGCCUAACAUCGAUCUUAAUUAUGAAUAUAAUGCCUAACCUUUUCUUUUAUUGUUGAUAUAGAUAAUGUUGCAUAUUGAUAAUCAACCCAUGCUAUAAAAGAAGAGACGAGGGUUAGUUAUAAUUCAUUGGAAAUUAAAUAAAAUAGUAUAAAUGGAGAAAAAACAAGACACAAAAGAGGAUGACGAGUUUUCAGAGUCGUUGCUUCAAACACUUGAGCAACAAACAAACUGGGACGGCAGUCCGAUGGUGAAAUACCAAGGCUUUUGGUAUUUGAAAAUAUUUUUCCGACAAGAACUUGCGUCUUAUAAGCAUUUCAAAGCAAAAGAUUCUGACGUUAUAUUGUCAACCCUUCCUAAAGCAGGAACCACCUGGUUGAAAGCCCUUGCUUUCUCAAUAGUCAACCGCGGUACUAUUUAUCGUGAUAUUGAUCAAAACCCUCUACUCACAUGCAAUCCCCACAAACUUGUGCCUUUCCUAGUCGCAUUUAAAGAAAAUAAGCCUAAUCAAUUAGAUAAACCCAAUGAUCCAAGAAUCUUUGCGACCCACGUGCCUUUCAAAGCCCUAGCUUAUUCGAUCCGUGAAUCUGCAUGCAAAAUUAUCUACGUGUGUAGAAACCCUUUGGAUCUGUUCGUCUCAGCUCGUCUGUUCUUAACCGAAAACAAGCUUGAGAAAGAUCAUGCGGGCCUACUUGGUUUAGACGAGAGUUUCGAUAUGGCUUGCGAGGGAACUCAUCCGUACGGGCCCUUUUGGGAUCAUAUGACUGGCUACUGGAAUGCCCAUCUGGAGAAUCCUCGUAAAGUGUUGUUUCUAAAGUACGAGGAUAUGAAAGAGGAUAUUGUUUUCAAUGUGAAGAAGAUUGCCGAUUUUCUCGGUUGUCCUUUUUCAUCGGAGGAAGAAGAACGAGGCAUGGUUGAAGAGAUUUCGAAGAUGUGCAGCUUUCAGAGUUUGAAGAAUGUGGAUAAGAAUGGAUAUUCUAUCAAAGGUUUAUUUAAGAAUAGUACAUUCUUUAGGAAGGGAGAAGUUGGAGACUGGAGCAAUUAUUUGACUCCCGCCAUGGCUGAGCGCAUGAAGAAGCUCAUGGAGAUCAAGUUCCAGGGGUCACCUGGUUUAACAUUCAAGAUCUAAUAAAAACAAGACACUUGGUCCUUACAUAUAUAUAAAA